ACGUGAAGAGGUUGAGGCAAGAGAAAGAGGGGCGGUCAAAAGUGUGACGGCAAACUGUGCGCCGAGCGCUGCUUUCACUCUCGGCUCCUGUUAGGCUGCCUCUCACACGUGCAAUUUGUUGUUCGUCCAGGGCAGGACUACCGGCAACAGGACACGCAUGCUUGAAAAAAUCUCCGCGCACUUGACCCCCGCUUCGGUGAUGCCAUGCCCCGGAACCACAGCGGAGAUGAAGGCGGCACCGGGCUCUGGAUGAGGACCUCACCGGGGCACCGUACCGAAGGCUACGGCUUGAAGGAUGUGGAGUCCGGCGGAAAGAUGAUGAACAACGCGGGAGACGGCUUGCUGUCGGCCCCCAGCGCCGCAGGUGCCGCCGGGUCCGACAGCGUGAGAGGGAAGCAGGGAGCCCGGCUCAGCCUGCUGGGGAAGCCGCUCUUAUACAGCACGCAGAGCGGCCGGAGAAACGUGCGCUACCGGCGGCUUCAAAACUACCUGUACAACGUGCUGGAAAGACCGAGAGCCUGGGCGUUCAUCUACCACGCGUUUGUGUUCAUCCUGGUCUUCAGCUGCCUGGUCCUCUCUGUGUUCUCCACCAUCCCGGCUCAUCAGGAAUUCUCCUCCUACUGCCUCCUCAUCCUGGAGUUUGUGAUGAUUGUGGUGUUUGGGUUGGAGUACAUCGUCCGGAUCUGGUCAGCGGGAUGCUGCUGUCGCUACAGAGGAUGGCAGGGUCGACUGCGCUUCGCCAGGAAGCCCUUUUGUGUCAUCGACAUCAUAGUGCUGAUAGCAUCCGUGGCGGUAGUGUCGGCAGGCAGCCAAGGCAACAUCUUUGCCACCUCUGUCCUGCGGAGUCUGCGUUUCCUGCAGAUCCUACGCAUGGUGCGAAUGGACCGAAGAGGAGGCACCUGGAAGCUGCUGGGCUCUGUGGUCUACGCACACAGCAAGGAACUGGUAACCGCCUGGUACAUCGGCUUCUUGGUGCUUAUCUUCUCGUCGUUCCUCGUCUACCUUGUGGAGAACAAGUUCAACAAUGAGUUUGCUACGUAUGCUGAUGCCUUGUGGUGGGGCACGAUCACUCUGACAACCAUCGGCUACGGAGACAAGACACCAAAGACGUGGACAGGACGGAUGCUGUCGGCAGGGUUCGCCCUCCUCGGCAUCUCCUUCUUUGCCUUGCCAGCUGGUAUUCUGGGUUCAGGCUUUGCCCUGAAGGUCCAGGAGCAGCACAGACAGAAGCACUUUGAGAAGAGAAGAAACCCAGCGGCCUACCUCAUCCAGUGUGUUUGGCGUAGUUAUGCGGCUGAUGAGAACUCGGUUUCCAUUGCUACCUGGAAGCCUCACUUGAAGGCGUUGCAUACCUGCAGCCCUACAAAGAAGGAGCAGGGAGAGUCGACCACAAGCCAGAAGUUGAGCUUCAAGGAGCGGGUGAGGAUGGCGAGCCCCCGAGGUCAGAGUAUCAAGAACAGGCAGACGUCUUCGAUGAACGACAGGCGCUCGCCGGUGGCUGACGCCGGCACAGAGGGCACCAGUCCCGCCAAGGUUCAGAAGAGCUGGAGCUUCAACGACCGCACGCGGUUCAGACCGUCACUCCGCCUUAAGAGUCAGUCCCGCUCCACCACUGAUGCAGACUCCAACAUCACAGCCGAGGACGCUUUUGAUGAGAAGGGCUGUCACUGCGACAUCUCGGUGGAGGACUUACAGCCCUCGGUCAAGUCUGUCAUCCGAGCUGUGAGGAUCAUGAAGUUCCAUGUAGCCAAGAAGAAGUUUAAGGAGACGCUGCGUCCGUAUGAUGUGAAGGAUGUGAUCGAACAGUACUCUGCCGGUCACCUGGACAUGCUGUGCCGCAUCAAGAGCCUGCAGACCAGGCUGGACAUGAUAGUAGGCCCACAGCCCCUGAGCAGCCGAGCCAAGGCCUUUUCCUCCCCCUCCCUGUCUGUCUAUUACAGCCGAGGGAGGAAGAACUCCACCCAGGGGGUGGACCAAAUCCUCGGGAAGGGCCAGAUUCCUCUGGAUAAGAAGAUUCGAGACAAGCUGCUGUCUGAUGGAGACAUAUUGGAGGACAUGAGCAUGCUGGGUCGCGUCUGUAAGGUGGAGCGGCAGGUCCAGUCGAUUGAGUCGAAGCUGGACUCCCUGCUCGACAUUUACCGGCAGGUUCUGCGUAAAGGCUCAUCUUCGGCCCUCACGCUUUCCUCUCUUCCCCUCUUUGAGCUGGAGCAGACCUCGGACUACCACUCCUCUGUCUUCAGCAAGGACAUGUCCUGCUCCACCCAGGUCAGCAGUAGCGGAGCACCGCCCACUGGUGGCUUCGUCACGCGCUCCUCCACCAGUUCUCAUCUCUCGCAGGGAGGACUCCAUCUCAUCCUGGCACCCCCCAACGAGCUCAACCUCAAUCUCAACGCUUCCUCUUCCACACCUCCCUCUUGCCUCGCAUCCUCCUCUUUCAGCCCAUCACCACUGCCACAUCACCAUCACCACCAGCGCCACCCCCAGGCUCAGGCCACCACACCUGAAAGUGGCACUGAUGAGGCUAUGGGGAGCUCUCCACCCAUCCUCACCCCGAACAGUGUCAGCAGUUCUGGGGACAGAGGAGUAGGAGAUGGAGGGUUUCCUCUUCUGGCAAGACUUCCACCUCCACCCCCUCCCAGCCGGAGCCAUGGCCCGGGCACUUUAGUGCGAACAGCCUCCAUAGAAGUAUCCCCCGACAUGGAGGACUUUUGUGGAGGUCUUGGGAUGCAGAUGGAGGACAGCAGUGUCAGGGAGGACCUUGGCCUUGGGUUGGGACUAAGCAGAUUGGGGCAGCAGUUCCAAGGAAACAGCAACAGCAGGCUUAACACAAAGGAGGAAGGAUCAUGGAGGAGACAAAUGAGCCUGGAGCUUGAGCCCCUGGUGCCACCAGCACCGGGCUGCUGCUCUGGCUCCAUCCAGAUGGACCGAGGACUGGGCAAGUCCAUGUCGGUGCAGGACCUGAAGCAAGCAGCCCCCGCCCAUCACAGCCACAGCCUGUCGUCUCCAAGCCCCAGUACAAGCAGUGACUCCCCCACUGGCUUCCACAGCUGUGGCCAAGACCCUGGGGGAGGAGGGGGCGGUACAGGCAGGAGUGGUGGAGGUGGGUGGGGUGAGGAGGACCUCUUUAUCAGUGAUAGAGACAUUGAGUCGCAGGGACUUGACUUCUUGUCGCAAGGAUCUGCUGAGGUUCCAACUUACUCCUCGGAGCUCCUGAGGACAGGUGUUAGAGCCGGGUCCCGGGGCUCGAACCGCAGUCUGGCCAGCGGCCACCUAUCCUCGCCCUCUACUGGCAGCAACGAGUUGCUGAACAUGCCGCACGUACGGCUAAAAUAGACCCAGCUACACGUCCGGAAGGCACACCAAUCUCACCUCAAAA